UAGUCAGUUUUCCCGUUCGCUAUAGCCGUGCAACACGCGCGCCGCGGUACACUCGUCGUCGUGUUGUCGUCGCGUGCAAACAUUCGUUCGUCCGUAUGAAAUAGGAUUAUUUAGACUUUUAGAGUGUAAAAACAAAAACAUUGUUACUUGAAAGCCAAAUCAAUUGGUUGAUGGUCACGGUAUUAUAAUAACCACUUACCUAUUUUGGUUUUGAAACGGUAAGGGACGAGAGAAAUAUUAAAACAUUAAUACCAAACAUAUAGCAAUUUGCGCGAUUUCGGAAUGUUUGUCACUUACCCAUAAUUUUCUUGUCUUGUGCGCGAAGUCGUAUAUGGCCUACGGGGCCACGUAGACCGCAGCUGCAGUCCGUCUGUGGCGUCAGUGGUGGUCGUGGUGGCCACGUAAAGAUUACAUACCGUGCAUCUUAUUGCGAAUAUUUUGAAUGCCAUAAUGCUUCAGAGAUCUCCAUCAUCGAGGAAGAGGCGUGCCGCCAACAAUGACUCACGUCGAACCAGUGUGGCGUUUAAUCUGGAAAGUCAGUCGACGAGACUCACGGAAGGAGGAAGGCAACAGACGCAGCAGUCCCCACAACAUAGCGGACAACAUAGAAGAGCUAGUAUAGCUACGUCACCUUCUGAUGGCUUCGAAAUGCGACAAAGGACUAGGGUAUCGCCGGAGGAGGAAUUCUUUGAAUACACGCAUAAACGAAGUCCUAGACCGAGUUUUGUAUCGGAAACUAAAGUACUGUAUGUUGAUAAGAGUCCUAGAAAUAGUUUGGUUCCAGAUAUGUCAAGAAGUCCACGAACCAGUUUGGUACCAUCUGAUCAUCGAAAACCCCCACGAUUAUUACCAGACGAGCAACAAGACUCAUAUGCACGGUCUAGUCCUUCAAGACUUGAAGUCGAUGUCAAUCGGAGUCCUAGGCAUAGUCUUACAUGUGAGCAUCCAGAUCCGAGAAGUCCGAGAAGUCCAAGAGGUAGUAUGGUGCCAGAAGACGAUUACUCGGAAUUACGGUCAGGACUGCGAUUGGACGUGGAAAGUUUUAACCGAAGCCCAAGAUCAAGUACUGCUGGCUUGGAUCCAUCAAGAAGUCCAAAAAAUAGUUUAGUGCCGGAUCCAAGUCGAUCACCUAGAGGAAGCAUUGCUUAUGAUUUAAAUCGAAGUCCUAGGGGUAGUUUGGCAGUAACACCAGACGCCAAUCGGAGUCCUAGAGGUAGCUUGAUACCAGACCCCGGAAAAAGUCCCCGCGGUAGUGUGGUAUCAGAAGGUGCAUAUAAUAUGAGUCGGUCAGCAAGAAGCAGUAUACCGAUGGCGGAAUCAGCUUCUUUGGGAAGAACACCAAGAGGAAGCAUAGGCUCAGUGUCAUGUGUCCAUUUCGAUCCACAGUUAAAAUCAACUAGGAAUUCAAUUGAACCAGGAAAUGGAUCUCCAAAAGGAACUCUCAAAGACACUCAAAAAAGUUCUUCACCGUAUAAAAACACACAAUAUACACAAAAACAGAUGUUUCCCGACGAAUCAAGAAGAGCUAGUAGUAGCGUUAGUCAAGUUUCCGGUGACGAGAGGAAACGCUUGUGCGAACAUAUUAAGCCUUGCGACAGUGGCCUAACCGUCUAUGGUUCGUUGACAUAUCAAUUGAACCAUGCCAAUAUGGAGUCGACAGGCAUAUUCGAUUUUAUCAUAAAAGCACUGAGCAUUAUUCACAGAACAGUGAUAAUGACGGUAAUUUUGUCCAUUUUCACGGUGGUGCCUUUAAUUAUGUUCGUUGUUGGCGUGGAGUUCGUCCGGGACUGUCCGCGGGAACCGCACAUACCGGUGUACAUGAUCGUGGGCGGCAUAUUCGGCAUGAUCAAAAUGGUGUGGCUGCUGUGCCGGCAGAUCAAGUCGCUGCGGUACAACAAGCGCCGACGGCCGGACAUGGGCACGCGGGAGGACAUGGUGUCGUCCAUGGGGUCGCGCAUAGCGUCCGUCGGGCUGGCCGCGUUCCUGGCCGGUUGGUUCGCGCUGGGCAACUAUUGGAUCCUGUCCGUGUACUGGCCCGACUCGGAACCGUCGUCCCUGUACGAGCCGAACGUGUGGUGCAACCGGACGCUGUACGUCACCAGCCUCGUACACCUGGCACUCGUGUACGUGGCCGGCGCUGUAGUGCUCGCCGCCGUCGUGGCCGUGCUAGUGUUCCAGCAGUGCAUGCUCCGGUUCAAAUAGCAUACGGCCAACACGGCGCUGUGCGGUUGCGCCCACGGCCACCACGGCAGCCGCCGCAUGACCAUCACCAGCAUACUGCCGUACAGCGCCAUACACAUCAGCGUCACCCAACCAGUCGACGACGGUGGAUGUGACGUGGCCCUGUAGUCGUGUUGACCAUUCCGCUUACGCCACCCUCACCCGACCCCAAACGCUCAUCCCCAACGCCAGGACCACUGCUAUUACUCGGAAGACGGUAGAAAGGUGGUUGAAAAUCGUUUGCAGUCGUACGACUGUCGUACACAUUAUUGUGCGCGUCCAGCUGAACGUGCCACAGUGUAAGUAUAGGAACUCAUCAAUAUUCGAGCACUUACGAUACAUGACGUGCAAUAUUCGAAAGCAUUUACCGUUUUCAAAUACAAUUAUUCGGACUUUUCCCUCGACACUACUAACAAAAUCCAUAAAUUAAUAUUCUAAUAUAGGUAGGUACUCUUGAAACGUCUAAUAUUAACGCGUGACAAAUAUGAAAUAACACGUAUUGAGUCAAUAAAAUACUGCGGACUAUUGACAAUUAAUACUUGUUUACGGUUAUGUAUAUAGAUGUAUUAUAUUUAAAAGAAUAAUUUUAAAAGUACAUUUUGCCUAAAAUAAUGAGUAAGCCCGUAGAUCUCUCAUGUACGGCUGCGGCGGUGUAAGGAUCUUAACAUCGCGAUCAUAAUAUCAGCAUUUGCAGCGUUAGGGUAAAGUUAUGAGGAACACCUCUUAAUCGAAUAGAUUACGGCUGAGAAAUCUACAAAGAUUAUAAUAAUAUAAUGUUGUGUGUAUAAUGUAACGUUUGCUGGUAAGCAUCACUCGUAUCGGUGUCCUUUGUAUUCAACAUAAUAAUAUUACGAUCGUCGCAUUACGCGUCGUUACGCUAAGUCAUUUCGUGUGCAUUCAUAAUAUUAUUAGUUAGGUACCUUAAGUAGGUACGGCGUUUGUGUCAUGUGCACUAGUUGCUGCGUCGUCGAGUUGUUUCGCUCAUUGUCAAAUAUGACCGAUGUGUUGUGGCAAAGAUCCGACACCAUGUAAGACGCGUAGGUAUAAUAAUUUAUAACGUAUAAUUUAUAAUUUAUGUGCGCUGCAUUGUAGGAUAUUUAUCGCCCGUGUCUCACCGUGUUCGUUCCCGUAAAUAACUUCUUUUUUUUUCUAAUUUAUAUUUUUGAAUUAUGAUUUCGAACAACGAUUAUUGCAUUACCAAGUUGCAGUUAAUAAUAUAAUUUCUCAUAUUUGUACGGUAUAUUUAAACUUUAGGAACCGUGUUUCGUAAAAAUCGAUUGUAAAUAUUUUAAAAGUAGAAUUACUAAUUUUCAUUACCUAUUUAAAUAGUUAAGAAAGUUUUAAAGUUUAUGCAGCUGGCGGGUAGAGGAAUAUAAUAAUAUAUUGUCGAGUGACGGAUAAUAUAUGUAAGAUACAGAUAAAAACGGUGAGAUACCCUGUGCAACUUUAAGUGUAAUUUAACGAAUGUAAGUCACUAUAAACGUUUUACAUUCCUUGCUUCCCUCAGAAUGGUCUUUUUUUUUAAUCCACAACCCUAUUAUGUGACACCCAUAUAAUAAUAAUGCACUUGCCCCACGAUUCCCAGCCUGUUUCACUGCACACGGGUCAACGCUCACCAGGAAAACUAACUUAAACUAACUUCUUAUUAUUCCUACAUCGUACGCUAGUUCACCUAUCAUUGUGUAUAAAUGCAUCAUGUGUUCAUGUGUACGUAUGCUAUUUCGUGAGCUGUUCUCGUUCGUUUCGCUCCAUUAUUGUUAUUGUUAUUUUUAUCGUAUAAAUUCACGUUUUAAUUAUUGAAGUCAUUUCGUCCUUUUUGAAAUCCUUGUUCUCUGUCUUACUUAAAAGUUUGGUACCCAACACGUGUUUAACGAACUGAAACAAUUUAAAAAUGUUUAAAUGCGUUUCGUCGUUCAACCGACAAUUUGAUUUAUCUUUGCAUUUAAAUUAUUUAAUACAUUUUGAUGGAUAAUAUUACUAUAAAAUUUAAUUUGCUAUUUUAAAAUAAUGUAUUUUAACUCGUAACACAGUGUAAUAUUCGUCAUUUUUUAAUUAAUAAGUA